AUGAAUUCUCUCCCAGCAAUUCGCCAUGUGGCUUCAUCUUCGAAAUCCGCAUUAGGAUACAUCUACUUGCAAUGUCACGUCAAGCCAGGUGCGAGCAAGCAACGAGAGGGCAUCAUUUCCGUAUCCGAAGACAUCAUCGAAGUCUGCGUAUCGGCUCAGGCGCGCGAGGGCGAGGCUAACAAGGCUGUGAGGGAAGUCUUCAGUGAUGUUCUUAAAUGUCCCAAGUCUGAUGUGGAGGUCGUUCGAGGAUUGAAGUCCAGGGACAAGACAAUUGCUAUCAGUGGCAUUGAUGUUAAGGGGGAUGAACAGAAGUGUAUCUCCGGUAUUCGAGACCAGCUACUAAAUGCUGUUGAAUAA